GUUGUCGUCGCUUGCUUCACACAAACUUUCAGGCGCUGAUGAGAGUGGGAACUUUAACAAUCACUUCUCUUUUACAAGAAGAUCUUUCUAUCGUCGAUCAGAUUUAACCGAAUUGAUGCCAGGGUGGUUUGACACUAAAUAAAGUUAUCUCACAACUUUAGACUGCUGUUUUUUGCAUUUUAAUGAUAAGUUUAUGAUGGAGCGUCAGAUAGUUUCGCCGUAGUAGGGGGCGAGGUUUGUUCAGUUAAGUUACAACAUAAACAUCUGAAAAUGUUGACAAGACUCAACACGCGCUGCUGAGGAAUCGUAGGCAGGCAGACACCGAAAAAAGGGCUCCAGGAAUGAAAUAUUCUGUGAUUGACAUUACUGCCUGAGAUGACCUGACCUAAUGUAUUUCAAACAUGGCAGGAAUAGCAUGGUAUCAGAAAAAGAUUGGAGCAUAUGAUCAGCAGAUUUGGGAAAAAUCACUGGAACAGAAUGAGCUCAAGGGCUUUGGAAGCAAACCUAAGAAGACUGGCCAUAUCAAGCCUGACCUCAUUGAUGUUGACUUAGUGAGAGGUUCCACGUUUAGCAAGGCCAAACCAGAGAGCCCUUGGACCGCUCUGACUCGUAAAGGCUUGGUCAGGGUCCUCUUCUUUCCUUUCUUCUUUCAGUGGUGGAUCCAAGUCACAUCUAAAUGCAUCUCCACCCUCAUCUUGGUUCUGUAUUUCCUUCAAGUGGCAGGGGCUGUAUUGUAUUUUGAGGUACCAGCAGCCUGUGCCAGUGAGGUUGUGGGUCCAUUGUGUCUCAUGCUGUUGUUGGGUACAGUACACUGCCAAAUAGUAUCCACAGAAACCUCAAGAAGCCCGGACAACAGCCCAGUCCCCAGCCGGACGGCCAGCCCUGUUCGCAGGAAAAGACAGAGGAAGAGUCGAAAAGCAAAGAGGUCUGAGGAUGAGGGCAGCAGAGAGGAAGGGAUAGUAGAACUCAAACCCCAGCAACUUAAAGACAACAACCAGCUCUACAGAUCAGAGAAGAGACUGAACUCCCUGAGGAGGCCUCUGUAUGGGGCUUCUGAAGAUCUCUCCAGUGAGGAAGAGGAGGCAGAUGAAGCAGAGCUGCAAAGAGAGAGACUCUUCUCAUCAGCACCUCCAAAAUAUGCCCGAGCACUCAGGAAUAGACUUCACAAAGUCCCCAAGAACAAUUCGCCACCACAGACUCAAGGAGACAGUAAUGGGAUGCCAAAAGCCACCACAGCUCUGCCACAUGAAGUUGAUCUUCUGCGGCCUUCACAGGGCUCGCGUCCAGCCUCUGACACAGAUGAUAUGUUAUGGGAGGAGCUUCUGCAUGAUCCUGACUCCGCCUCCACAGGAAGCAGUGACAGUGGGGAGGAGGAGCAUCACAGUCAUAGCCACUCCCUCCCUCUGCCCAGCAUCACUCUGACUAGUGAUGAGGAUGAGGCCUUACCGCAGCACCAGUUCUCAUGGCUGCAGGCUUGUCACCCCUCCAAAGACCGCGUCAGUGCCAUAAUCUGGGAGCAAGGAGAGUGUAAAAAAGCUGAUAUGUCCGUGCUGGAGAUCAGUGGUAUCAUUCUCACACAAGUGAAGGUGGUUGAGCAAGGGAUGGGUUAUCUUAUUUUCGGCAGCUUGGUCACGGCCUCACUGGCUCUGCUGCCAUACUGCUUCAGACUGGCACAGAAACUGGAUGUUGCCAAUCUCAAUUCUGUUUCCCUCGAGGAACUUCCAGCAGUGGCCAUCGGCCCGCCUUGUGCCUUGUCUUAUGCGUUCUUCAUCAUCACCACAAUAGAAAGAGUUUUCCUCUCUGGACUCUUCUUCUUCAUGAUGUGUGUGGCUGAGAGGACGUAUAAACAGCGCCUUUUAUUUGCGAAACUUUUCAGCCAUCUCACAUCUGCACGCAAAGCCAAAAAAUCAGAGAUUCCUCACUUUCGGCUGAAGAAAGUACAGAAUAUCAAGAUGUGGCUUUCACUUCGAUCAUUCCUGAAGAGACGAGGCCCUCAGCGCUCUGUUGAUGUCAUUGUGUCAUCGAUUUUCCUCCUGGCUUUGUCUAUUGCCUUCAUCAUCUGUGCCCAGCGAAUUUCAAGAUCAAAGACAGCAAUAGGAGAGAGAGCGCCAUCAGCACUGCUUUUGCACAGUCAUCACACAUUCCUGGACUCCGAGACCAACUGGGAGUUGAUGAUCUGGUGUGCUGCUCUCACGGUCUUCCUCCUACGCCUCGCUACCCUCGGAGCAGAGACCAACCGAAAAUAUAGCAACGCUUCUGUGCUUCUGACUGAACAGAUAAACUUGUAUCUUAAGAUGGAGAAGAAACCAAACAAAAAGGACCAGCUGAACAUAGUGAACAACGUACUGAGGCUGGCCACGAAAUUAUUAAAAGAAUUGGACACUCCUUUUCGCCUGCUGGGUCUGACGGUGAAUCCGCUCGUCUACAAUAUCACAAGAGUGGUCAUCCUGUCAGCCAUCUCAGCUGCUGUCAGCGAUUUACUAGGGUUCAACAUCCGGCUCUGGAAGAUUAAACCUUGAUGUGAUGCCUUUACACUGCCAGCGUCUUAACACUGGGGCCAGACAGACUCUUAAGUGUGCUUGUGCACAACCUACUAAAUGACCAAGUUAUCUAUUAAAAACUGUGCAAAUCUACUGACCAAACUUAUAGAUUUCCUCAAUACUCUGUGCCUUCAGCCAGACUGAGUAAACCUGUGUUCAGCUCAACCUUGUUGUUGAG